CGUGGGGCAGUGUUUCUACAGCCAGCUGCUGUUCUCUCUCAACACUUCCGCAGUCGAGGAAACAACCGGAAGUCAGCAGAGAAGACCAGGCUGUUGUGUUUCUGUGCUGAGCUGAAAGAAUAAUGGCGGAUGAGGAGGACGAGCCUGGCUUCGAUGAGGAGCUGGAUGAGGGAACCAGUGGAGUAGAUGUGGGCCACGGGAAGAGGAAGAGGCUCUUCUCCAAGGAGCUCCGCUGUAUGAUGUACGGAUUUGGAGACGACCAGAACCCGUAUACGGAGUCUGUGGAUAUUCUUGAGGAUCUGGUGAUCGAGUUUAUCACGGAAAUGACCCACAAAGCCAUGUCCAUCGGACGCCAGGGUCGCGUCCAGGUGGAGGACAUCGUUUUCCUAAUUCGCAAGGACCCCAGGAAGUUCGCCAGAGUCAAAGACCUGCUGACCAUGAACGAGGAGCUGAAGAGAGCCCGGAAGGCUUUCGACGAAGCAAAUUACGGAUCAUAACCACUUCUUUUUUUUCUUUUUUUUUUUAAACCUACACCGUAUUUGUAGAAAUAUUUACUAUUAAUUUCUGUUUAUUCAGGGUCCUGUUUCCUUCAGGAGACUUGACUUCCUGUCCAGUCUGUUUUUGUGAUGUCAUGUUUAUUUGAUAUGGUGAUAUAAUAUGACAGUGACAAAGUUUUGUUCAGAUAACUGGUCUCAUGCUAUCAGGGACUGUCGAAAUAAAGGAAUUUACAUUUUGUUUUAAUACA